AUGAUAUAUCGUGAUGAGGACCGUUGGCGGAUGACGAAAACCACUCAUGCGGUGACGAUUCCAGUGAAGGUAUUGCGAGGGAGCUCGGCGAAGCUCCCGUGUGACCUGACUCCAAGUGACCCUCUGGAUCCGGUUUACAUCGUCCUGUGGUUCCGCGAAGAAUCUAAUAUUCCCAUCUACACUGAAGGUCGGGAAUCACUGCGCUUUCGAGUCGAGUAUUCCGCCUGCUCAUGCCGAUCCACCACAGUGAAGGUAUUGCGAGGGAGCUCGGCGAAGCUCCCGUGUGACCUGACUCCAAGUGACCCUCUGGAUCCGGUUUACAUCGUCCUGUGGUUCCGCGAAGAAUCUAAUAUUCCCAUCUACACGUUUGACGUGAGAGGGAGGCCAUUAGGAGAAGGGAAACAUCGGCCCGGUUCCUCAUCCAUCUCCAGCCGAUCCCAAUUCGAUCAAUCGUCUCUGAUCAUCGACCCGGUCAACGAGGAUGAUCGGGGCACUUUCGUAUGCCGGGUCGACUUUCGCACCUCUCCGACCAAAUACACCAAGGUGCAACUCGUCGUCAUCGUUCCCCCGGAAAAGCCGAAGAUAUUGUACCUGAAUGGGACGCGGGCGGAGACAGUGGUGGGUCCAUACAACGAAGGCGAGGCGCUAUACCUCGUCUGCGAGACCAUCGGAGGGGAGCCGUUGCCGAACGUGACGUGGACUCGCGGAGGGAAGGAAGUGGACGCCACGAGUGAAAUUUUGGGCUCGAGAGUCAUCAAUCGAUUGGAGAUCCAAUCCUUGACGAGAGAACAUUUCGAGUCGGUUUUAACGUGCGAGGCCACAAAUUAUCGUCUGUCCGUCCCCGAGAAGGACUUCGUCACCAUCGACAUGAAUCUUCGUCCGUUGGCGAUCCAAAUCUUGACGCCCGGGUCGCCGAUGUCGGCCGGGAGGGAAUAUCAGAUGGCAUGUGAGGUUUUUGGAUCCAGACCUCAACCUUCGGUGACCUGGACUCUCCACGGCAAACCUCUCGACGAUCAUCGAGUCAAUGGAGGAUCGGGAAGGAACAUCAGCGUGAGCAUCCUGACGCUGAAGACGAAGAAGUCGGACGACGGAGCCACGCUGAGGUGCCAAGCUCGGAAUCCCGCUGCCGGUUCCGGAUGGAUCGAGGAUUCCGCCGUCCUCGGCGUUCGCUACGCUCCGGAAUUGGAGAUCGCCCUGGGUCGCAACCUGAACGGAUCGCAGAUCAAAGAAGGCGACGAUGUGUAUUUCGAAUGCAACGUCGAUGCGAACCCGGACGUCCAACGACUCCACUGGACUCUUGAUGGAAAAAAAUUGGACGAAGACCUCGGCAGAGGGAUCAUCUUCAGUCCAAACACCCUCGUGUUGCAAAAAGUGAAGAGAUCUCAGUCGGGAAAUUACCGGUGCCACGCGAGGAAUCCGGAAGGAGAAGGUUCCAGUCGGCCUCUUCGACUCGCCGUGAGAUAUGCACCAGUGUGUAGAGGAGAGCAGAAAACUCUGGUGGGAGUGUCUCUACGAGGAACCGUGAACGUGACGUGUUCCCUGGACGCCAGACCCCUCCAAGACUUGACCUUCCACUGGGGUUUCAACACCUCGACGGACGUCGUGGAAGUCUCGAAGCGCCGAACGUCCGCGUCCAACGGAACGAACGUUCUCCUGUAUUCCCCCAGGACGGAAUUCGAGUUCGGCACCCUCCUCUGUUGGGGACAGAAUUCCGUCGGCACCCAACUCGUCCCCUGCGCCUUUCAAGUCCUCGAAGCAGGUCCCCCCGAGAUGCCGUCGAACUGCAGCCUGAGGAACCAGACGACCCGAUGGUUAUCGGUGACGUGCGAAGCGAAUUUCGACGGUGGUUUACCACAAAGGUUUUUCCUGGAACUCUUCGACGCGGAAUCGGGGAAGUUGAGGAAGAACGUGACGUCUCCGAAAGCGGAGUUUCACGUGGAAAGCCCCAUCGAUGGGGGUUCUUUGACCUUGGUCAUCUACGCGGCCAAUGACGAAGGACGCAGCAAAAGCGUUUUUCUCGACGUUAGGACAGCCAUGCUUCUAGACCGUCGACAAGGAGAGAGCAGUGCGUUUCCCCCUCCUUUGACGCCAUUCCUUGGCAUCGUGUCCGGUGUGGUUGGGUUGUCCAUCGUCUCUCUCCUCGUUGCCCGUCUCGUCUACACUUCGAGACGGCGUGAAAGAGCCAAAAGGAACCAGGAAGGGAAUCCCGAUCUCAUCCACGCCUGUCCCCCAGGAAAAGAACCCGAGGGAGGGGCGAAAGGUCGGGAGGAGGAGGCCUUUUUGCAACGACAUGUGAUUUAUGGUGCUCUACAAGCAAAGGUCUGCCCUUCAUCCCUCAAAGCGUUACUCGUCGAAAGGCUUCUUUUCUUUCAUUCUUUCUUCACCUUGUUUUCGGUCCCAUCACUCAGGAUGGCAGGGAAGAUUCCCUGGAGGAAUGGGAGAUGGGAAGUGGGAAGGAGUCGCAUUCUCCUGCCGGAUCGUACAGGCAGGAGUGUCGAGGUCGAGGCCAAGGCCAAGGUCAAGGUCAAGGCCUAG